AUGGAGUUCAACAGCUGGGUUGAAGUUGACGGAGCCUUUUCUUGUCUCAGUAAGGCUGCGGCUUGUGGUGGUAUCAUUAAAGGUAUUCAUGGCAAUAUUCUUGAAGGUUUUCAACUCAAACUUGAAUCAAGGGAUGCACUAACUGCUGAGUUAUGGGCAUGCAUAAUGGGUCUCAAAAGAGUUUGGGACAAAAGCUAUAGGAAUAUUCUCCUUCGAAGCGACUCACAAGAAGCUCUGAAUUUGCUGCAUAAUAAACCCCCAGACCUGCGUGAAGACUACAUGCUGAUUAAGGAAGUUCAAGAGAUGAUUAAACGUGAUUGGAGAGUGGAGCUUCGCUAUAUUCAACGUGAGCAAAACACAUUAGCAGACAUCCUCGCUAAGAGAGCCCUUGAAGGAAGUACUGGCCUUCUUCUACUUCAUCCGGACUCUCACGAAUCAGGACUUCUGUCCCAGGGGACUGAGUUUUAUUUUAUUUAG